UCAAGCUAGGCCGAAAAGCUGCUGAAACAGCUCGCGAUAUCAACGAUGUGUUUGGCCCAGGAACCACUAAUGAAUGUAUAGCACAAUGGUGGUUCAAGAAAUUUCGUAGCAGUGACAAGAGUCUUGAAGGUGAUAAGCGAAGUGGUUGGCCAUCAGAUGUUGACAACGAUCAACUAAGAGCCUUAGUCGAAGCCAAUCCACGCACAACUUUUUGAGACCUUGCUUCUGAAUUAGACGUAAUGUAUAUGACAAUUUCCAACCAUUUGAAAGAGAUUGGAAAAACAAAAAUACUUGAGAAAUCGGUGCCACACAAAUUGAACGUCAACCCCAAAAAAAACCCGCCGUUUGCCGUUUUGAAGUGCUGUCUUCCUUCCUUUUACGCAACAGGAACAACCCGUUUCUCAACUGAAUUGUGACUUGCAAUGAAAAGUGGAUUCUUUACAACAACCAGCGAUGCUCAGCUCAGUGGUUGAAUGCCAAUGAAUCUCCACGGCACUUCCUGAAGCCAAAGUUGCACCAAAAGAAGGUCAUGGUGACUGUUUGGUGGUCUGCGGCUUUUUUGGUUCCAGGCGAAAUCAUUACGGCGGAGAAGUACUGUCAGCAAAUGGAUGAAAUGCAUAAGAAACUCCGACAACAACAGUCAGCAUUGGUCAAUAGAAAAGGACCAAUUCUUCUCCACAACAACGCUUGGCCGCAUGUCGCACAACUGACCCUGCAGAAGUUGAAUGAAUUGGGCUAUGAAACUCUGCCUCAUCCGCCAUACUCACCAGACCUCUCGCCUACCGACUACCACUUUUUCAAGUAUCUCGACAAUUUCCUGCGUGAGAAAUACUUAAAACACCAAGACGAUGUCAAACACGCCUUCAACGACUUCAUUACCACUAGAACCCAGGAUUUUUAUGCUACUGGCAUGAAUAAACUUGUUUCAUGUUGGCAAAAGUGUGUUGAUUCUGAUGGUGUUUAUUUCGAUUAAUAAAGCUUUUUUGAGCUGAGAUAUGUGCAUC